AUGACCAAACAAAAGAAUCCUCAGCAGGCAAACUCAAACGCCAAUAGAACCAAACUCAACACCUAUCCUGACAGAGAAUUUUAUGCCUACCCACGACUAGUGACCCAUGUGGAUGAUAACUUCAUUUCCACAUUGACUGGUCUUUAUAGACAACGGUUGAGGCCUGACUCGGAGAUUCUUGAUCUUAUGAGCUCAUGGGUUAGCCAUUUACCUAAAGAAGUAGAGUUCAGAAGAGUGGUGGGACAUGGGCUCAAUGCACAAGAGCUUGCCAGGAAUUCGAGGCUGGAUUAUUUUUUCGUGAAGGAUCUUAAUCACGAUCAGAAGCUUGAAUUGGAGAGUUGCAGUUUUGAUGCAGUGUUAUGCACAGUUAGUGUUCAGUAUCUUCAACAGCCCGAAAAGGUAUUUGCUGAGGUUUUCCGGGUGUUGAGGCCAGGUGGGUUGUUCAUUGUGAGCUUUAGUAAUCGAUUGUUCUAUGAAAAAGCCAUUAGGGCGUGGAGGGAUGGGACUGCCUACAGUCGAUUGCAGCUGGUUGUGCAAUACUUCCAAUGUGUGGAAGGAUUCACACAACCCGAAGUCAUUCGUAGGUUGCCAGCUGCUGCUAAUACUCAAGAGAACAAAUCGCCUCUCAGUUGGAUCAUGAGGUUGCUGGGAUUGUUGUCUGGGUCAGAUCCUUUCUACGCUGUGGUAGCUUACAAAAACUUCAAACCUUUAUAUGAAUAAAUCGGUAUCUUUGAAACAUGUAUGUAAAAUAUAUUU